CUCUUGGAUUGAGCCAGCCUACUACUAUGGAAAAGUAAAUGGUGUAUGUUUUCUUAUCACUUCAGUUUCCAAAAAGGAAAGGAUUACUCCUAUAGUUUUACUUUUCAAACAUUCCCAUAUUAUAUAAACACGAAGCUAAGCAUGUAACUCCACACCAUAAUAUCAUACAAUAUACAAUUGUUUACCUUUCUGAAAUGGAGACUCAAAACUUGUCCUUCAUCUUCAUUUCACUCAUGCUAUUUAUUUCCUUCAUCUUCCUUCUAUUUCAGAUAUGGAAGGACUCAAAAACAACCCUUAAAAAAAGAUUGCCUCCAGGGCCAUGGGGGCUACCUUUUAUUGGGAAUUUGCACCAAUUAAUGAAUGGUCACCUACCCUAUCAUACUCUAAGAAGUCUAUCACAGAAAUAUGGGCCCAUCAUUCACUUACGUCUUGGAGAAAUAUCAACCGUUAUUGUAUCUUCUCCUAAAAUGGCAAAAGAAAUUUUGAAAACUCAAGAUCUCAAGUUUGCAAGUAGGCCUGCACUUAUGCAUGGAGAUAUUGUUUUCUAUAAUUACACGGACAUAGGAAAUUGUCCAUACGGCGAUUACUGGAGAAAUAUGCGCAAAGUGUGUAUCUUGGAACUUCUUAGCUCGAAGAUGGUCAAAUCAUUUAGCUCAAUUCGACAAGCUGAGAUGUCAAGUGUUAUUUCAUUGAUUAAUACCAUGCCUGGUGGCUUGAUCAACCUAUCAGACAAAUUUAAUUGGUUUACAAGUUGUGUAACUUGUAGGUCUGUUUGCGGAAAAGUGGUCCAUGAUCAAGAUAAGUUGAUAAUGCUGGUGAAGGACGUAAUGUCACUGUCCACGGGAUUUGAAUUGGCUGAUAUGUUCCCUUCGCGAAAGUGGCUUCAUAAGUUCAAUGGAUUGAAGUCCAAAUUGAUGAAGGCUCACGCAAAGGUGGAUGUACUUUUGGAGAAUAUCAUUAAUGAACAUAAGGAAAAUCGAGCAAAUGGUAAAAAGGGUAAUGAUGAGUCUGGAGGUGAAGAUUUGAUUGAUGUUUUACUAAGAGUCAUGGAAAGUGGAGAAGUAGGAACCCCAAUCACAAAUAAGAAUAUCAAAGCAGUUAUUUUUGACAUGUUCGCCGCAGGAGCUGAAACGUCAUCUUCAACAAUUAUUUGGACAAUGGCAGAAUUGAUAAGAAAUCCAAGUGUCAUGGCUAAAGCACAACUUGAAGUUAGAGAAGUCUUAAAGGGAAAGAAAACAUUUGAGGAUACUGAUUUGGAAGAGCUGAAGUAUCUAAAAUUAGUAAUUAAAGAAUCAUUAAGGCUACAUAAUCCGGCUCCUCUAUUACUUCCAAGGGAAUGCAGAGAAGAAACAAGUAUCAACGGCUACAUAAUACCUGUCAAAACUAGAGUCCUAGUGAAUGCAUGGGCAAUUGGAAGAGAUCCGAAAUAUUGGCAUAAUCCAGAAAGCUAUAUACCUGAGAGAUUUGAGAAUAGUUCUAUUGAUUUUAGAGGAAAUCACUUUGAACUACUUCCAUUUGGUGCAGGAAGAAGAAUGUGUCCAGGUAUGUUAUUUGGUUUAACUAAUGUUGAACAUUCUUUGGCUGAGUUGCUUUAUCACUUCGACUGGAAGCUUCCAGAUGGAGUUAAUUCGAAUGAUUUGGACAUGACUGAAGCAGAAGGCGCAACUGCCAGCAGAAAGGCUGAUCUUUGUUUGAUUGCUACUCCUUUUGGCCACUCUUGAUAAUAAUAGACAUUUAGUGUUACAAGCUACAUGUGUUGUCAGCUAGUGAUGAAUAAUAAGUUUGUACAACAACUUCGUGUGAUCCUUUUUACAUUAGUAUCUGUUGCAUUAAUAUAAUGACCGACUUGUCAACUAAAUAAAAAAAUAUAUCUAUACUAUUAGGGUUUUUGUGCCAUUCAUAUUAAAAA